UUAAGCUGUCUAGGUAGGGUUUUGAGACACAGCCCUGCUCGCUCGUAUUCAUUCAUUGAGGGAUUUAUUUCUCCACGAAUACGACAAAGACUGCCAGUCUCUCUGCAAUGUAUUAGAGGGAAAGACACCGGCUGCAGCCCAUCCCAUCACCAGCAUCUCGAAGAGAUGUCAAGCUAUUAGAUGUGUGCUUUGGACUGUGCUCAUCGGAUAGCUACACGCGCACAACCACCCUACAGUCCCAGGUGUUGACAUGGAGCUGGAGCAUUUCGACGAACGGGACAAAGCACAAAGAUACAGCCGCGCUGGUUCACGGGCGAACGGCCUCCCGAGCCCCACGCACAGCGCCCACUGCAGCCUGUACCGAACCCGCACCUUACAGACUCUGAGCUCCGAGAAGAAAGCCAAGAAAGUCCGCUUCUACCGCAAUGGAGACCGGUACUUUAAAGGGAUUGUGUACGCUAUCUCCAACGACAGAUUCAGGUCUUUCGACGCUCUGCUCGCAGACCUCACCCGCUCCUUAUCAGAUAAUGUAAAUCUGCCUCAGGGGGUCCGGACCAUUUAUGCCAUUGACGGGUCGAAAAUUACCAGCAUGGAGCAGCUGGUGGAAGGGGAGAGCUAUGUGUGUGGAUCAAUUGAGCCUUACAAGAAGUUGGAAUACACUAAGAAUGUCAACCCCAACUGGUCGGUCAACGCCAAGACCGUUGGAUCAGCACGUGUGCCCUCCUCUCUGGCUAGCGCCAAGAGUGGGUCUUUAGAAAUCAAAGAUAACAAGGAUUUCAUCCGGCCCAAACUGGUGACCAUAAUCCGCAGCGGGGUGAAGCCUCGGAAGGCCGUGCGCAUCCUUCUCAACAAGAAGACGGCCCACUCGUUUGAACAGGUUCUCACAGAUAUCACAGAUGCCAUCAAACUGGACUCUGGAGUGGUCAAGAGGCUUUAUUCGGUGGAUGGUAAACUGAUAUCAUGCCUUCAGGACUUCUUUGGUGAGGAUGAUAUAUUUAUUGCCUGCGGCCCAGAGAAGUUCCGCUACCAGGAUGACUUCCUUUUGGAUGAGAGUGAGUGCAGGGUGAUGAAAUCGCAGUCGUACGGCCGUAUUUCUCCCAUGCAGGGCCGCUGCUCUCCCCGCAGCGGUGGACGCUCGAGAAGGAGCAAGUCCCCUGGUUCCAGCUGCUCAGCUAAUGGAACAGCAGGAAGUCAGCUAUCGACCCCACGGUCAGGCAAAUCUCCCAGUCCAUCUCCCACCAGUCCAGCCAGUCUGAGGAGACGAAGGGGCUCUCAGCACAGUGGCUCCUCUCUCUCUCUGGCCUCUACCAAGGUGUGCAGCUCCAUGGAUGAAGGCGAUGGGCCGGGCAGUGAAGCUGAGCUGAUGGAGGAUUGUCCUCAGGUUCCUGCUUCCAUAGCCGAGAGGUACAAAGUGGGACGAAUGAUUGGCGACGGGAACUUCGCCGUGGUCCGAGAGUGUAUGGAGAGAUCCACAGGCCGAGACUACGCUCUGAAGAUCAUUAACAAGAGCAAAUGCAGGGGAAAAGAACACAUGAUCCAGAACGAGGUGUCUAUUCUUCGGAGAGUUAAGCAUCCGAACAUUGUUCUGCUGAUUGAAGAAAUGGACACAUACAGUGAGCUCUACCUGGUCAUGGAGCUGGUCAAGGGUGGCGACCUCUUUGAUGCCAUCACCUCCUCCAACAAAUACACAGAGCGGGACGCCAGCGGGAUGCUGUAUAACCUGUCCAGCGCUAUCAAAUAUCUGCACUGCCUUAACAUUGUUCACCGUGACAUCAAACCUGAGAAUCUCCUGGUCUAUGAGCACCAAGAUGGGAGCAAAUCUCUGAAACUGGGGGAUUUUGGCUUGGCAACAGUUGUGGACGGUCCACUUUACACUAUAUGUGGCACCCCGACCUAUGUAGCUCCAGAGAUUGUCGCAGAGACUGGGUAUGGCUUGAAGGUAGAUAUCUGGGCGGCAGGAGUCAUAACAUACAUUCUGCUUUGUGGCUUCCCUCCUUUCCGCGAGAGCACAGAUAAUCAGGAGGCUCUUUUUGAGCACAUUCUGAUGGGACAGCUGGAUUUUCCUCUUCCAUACUGGGACAAUGUAUCUGACUCUGCAAAGACACUUAUCACCUGCAUGCUACAGGUGGACGUUGACCAGAGAUACACAGCUCUACAGGUGUUAGACCAUCCCUGGGUUAAUGAUGACAGAAUGUGUGAGAAUCAGCACCAGUUGUCUGUGGCCGGCAAGAUUAAGAAACAUUUCAACACGGGGCCCAAAGCCAACAGCACCACUGCAGGAGUCACUGUCAUAGCAACCACCCCUCUUGAUAAGGAAAGGCAGGUUUUCAGACGAAGACGCCACCAGGAUGUGAAAGCCACCCAGAGCACCUUCCCCUGCACCCCCGGGACCGGCCCGACCCUCUCUCCGGCAGACUUCACCUCAGAGUCCGAGGACAUUUCCCCCAGCUCGGCUGAGACCGUCCGCUCUCCCACAUCACCGUUUUAAGCACACACCCAGUCUGGGCAGAAAUGGAUGGAAAAUGACCUUUAAGUAAAAGGUAAAUUGACUAGUAAAAGUGUGAAUAGCAAAGGAUGACAGUUUUUGAAAUCGAACGUUUUGCUACGUGGAACCGAUGUGAUUAACUAGGAGAGGAUGGGAGAGGGAAGCAGCACACCUGAAUAGGUGUAAAAAUAAUCUUUUACUUUUAGCAUUGGUUUUUCAUCGGAAAGGAGAAGUCCUUGUCAGAGUUUUCGCUUCAUCGUAACUACAUGUCUGGUGCUACAUGAGGUUUUGUUUGUAGACCAUGGCUGCAUCUGAAAUCACAUUCUCUACUAAUAUAGUAGGCGAAAAACAGCAUGUCACAAGAGUAGUAUGUCUGAAUUCAAAGUACUAUAGGCUAAAAAAAAGUACCCGGAUGACCUCCUACUUCCGGCGAGAUUCCGAAGUGUGCAUAUGAUGGACAGCUUACUAUCCCAUGAGGCCACGGGAGAGGUUUUGUAAAUUGCAGUGAAGCGACGUAACUGACGCAUGGUUGGUCACAUGAUAAAAAAUAGUAUUACAUUCAUACUACACUAAUUCUAUAUAGAAUGUACUUCUUUAGCAGGUGCAUAAGUACCUACUCAAGAGAGUAUGCGAUUUUGGACGCAGCCCCUCUGUCACAACAGCACGUUCCCAUCCUAGGGCGUCACGUAGUGACACUUUUGACAAUGCGUAUACA